UUAUCCGAAGUGAAAUUUUGCCAAGGCCUUCGGAUUAUCGAGUCUGGACUGUAUUGGAAUCAAGAAUAACAUUUCAAAUGGGCAAAAUAUCAACCUAGAUUUUCAAAAUUUUGGAACAAAAUGGUUGAAAUAAAAUAAUAAACAGUUAUGCUUCUGUCAACAUUUAAUGAAAUGAAUUUAUGAAAAAUAUUUUCCCAAUGAGUGCUAUUCGAUCAAAAAUGAAAAAUAAGCGUUAAAAAAUUUGUUCUAAAUAGUUCACAAACAAUUGUACCGAUUUUGUCAAUAAACAUUUUUAUUUUUAGCAAUAUUUAUGUUGCCAAUUGAUUUUUAAAAGAAUAUAUGAUUAGGGCGUCCAAUUUUCUCGGGUUUUGAAUUUCCCGGGAAACGGGAAAAAUAUUUUUGAAAUCCCGGGAAUUCCCGGAAUCCCAGGAAAUUUUCAAACAGUUUUAAAAUCUAAGUUUUCAUAAUAUUUGUUAUGUUUUUCAAGGUUGAAAUCAUAGAAUUAUCUCAAUAUUAUUAAUUGGUGAUAAUCUUCACUUUGAUUUUUUUUCUUUGUUGUGCCUCAGAUUAUAAAUGCGCCAAUACAAUAUGAUUUAAACUAAAAAAGUCUCUUAUAAAUAUUUACAAAAAAAAACUACAACAAAUAAAAUGAUAGCAGGCAAUUUAAAUAUUAGAUUUGUUUAGACUUUUACGCUUCAUAAAUUAACAAUAUUUUACAAAUUAUCUCUAAGCCACUACCGCCAACUGGGGAAAAUUGGGACUAAAGUCUGAAUAGGUAUAGGAGAUUUUAGAGCAAUUUAUUUGGAAAUCGGUGUAAUUGUUUUGUUCUGUUCCGUUUUUAACCGAAAUCAAUAAAAAAAAUCAAAACUUUAUGCAAAAAAUGGCUUUAACAGUUCAAUACAUUUGUCCUGAUUUGCCACAGGUGCCGGUGCUUUAUGAUAAAUAAUUAGUUAUGAUAUUAUUUUUUAAUUUCAAAACAGGAACAUAAGUAUAUAAUGCCCAGUCUUUUCGAAUUGUUAUUUGCAUUGGCCUAAGCAUAUUUUUAAGUAAAUUUAUGGUUUAAUAUUGUAAGUCUCAAUUCGAAUUCCAUUAUCAUGAACUGACCUUACGCUGAGGUUGCUCGAUAACCUAUUUUUUGAGUCCGAAUUAUUUUGCAGCAAAGAACUGUUGUGUUUUGAGUACAGUAUGCUAGAAAUCGUAGAAAAGUCAAGUCUAACAUAAUGAAACUGAUUGUUGCUUUCCUGAUUUUGUUUGCUGUAGCGUGUUCGGCAGAAUAUAGCAAGCUGUGGUUACACGAGGUUACCAGAGAGGGCAAACAAUGCAUGCAGAAACUGUCGAUCUCUAUGGCAGAUAACGUUGUUGAACGUAUAAUGUACAACAGAGGACCCACCCGUGACGAUAUGAAAUACCUGCGCUGCUUUUACAUCAAAUUCGGCAUUCUCGAUGCAAACGACAAAUUUGUCGUUGAUCGGGCGGUUGAAUUUGAGAUGGAUCGGUACGAGGAACAGGAGGUGCGUCCCGUGGUUACCCGGUGUGCCAAACAGGACGAUCCCUCCGUGUACGAGCGCUUGUGGCAGUUCUAUCAGUGUUUCAAUACCGAUAAGAGCUUGAAAGCAUGAUUUAUUUUAAACUGUAUGUAGACGCAUCAAGAAUCUUUUUGCAAUAAAAUAAAGGAAAUAUUAA